GUAGCACAGUACCCACGAGCCAGAUACAGUACUUCAGCCACUUUUGCAUUCUUCGUGGACUUACAGAAACUGAUUGCACUUCUACUUUAAGCCCGUGGCUAUAUGAGCCGCACUCCAUGAUUUGCUGUAACGCUAGUUAAAUAUCAGACGGCAUUUAACUGAUCUCCUUUUAUCAACCUCCAUUCUGUUUUGUGUGUUUUCGAAACAGCGGAUUGCCAAACUGGUGCAGCAACUUUCCUGCAUAAAUUUCCACAGAACAUGUCGUUGACCAACACAAAGACGGGCUUUUCUGUAAAGGACAUUUUGGACCUCCCUGACACAAACGAUGAAGAAGGAUCUAUCACAGGAGCGGAAGAAGAUACCGAGGGGUCUGAGCCAACAAAAACGACUGGAGUUUUGGUGCAGAGUCCAUUAGAAAACGUUCAAAAUCUGCCUUUAAAGAACCCAUUUUACGAUAAUAGUGAUAAUCCUUAUACGAGAUGGCUUGCUACUACGGACAGCAUUCAGUAUUCAUUGCAUGGUCUGUCGGCUAAUUCCCAACAAGAUUCGUCUGCCAAGUCGCCGGAACCGUCCGCCGACGAAUCACAAGACAAUGACAAGGAAACUUCAAGCAACGGCAGUGACUCCGGUAAGAAGAGAAAAAGGAGAGUGUUAUUUUCCAAAGCACAGACUUACGAGCUCGAACGUCGAUUUAGGCAACAGAGAUAUCUUUCAGCGCCCGAAAGGGAACACCUCGCUAGCUUGAUCCGCCUGACGCCGACUCAAGUGAAAAUCUGGUUCCAGAAUCAUCGGUACAAAAUGAAGAGAGCUCGGGCCGAGAAAGGUAUGGAAGUGACUCACCUCCCCUCUCCGCGGCGGGUGGCAGUACCUGUCUUAGUCAGGGAUGGCAAGCCGUGCCAUACUCUUAAAGCUCAGGACUUGGCGGCUACGUUUCAGGCUGGAAUUCCAUUCUCGGCAUAUAGCGCCCAGUCACUUCAGCAUAUGCAAUACAAUGCUCAGUAUACGGCCGCCACCACGCCACAAUUUCCCACAGCACACCACUUGGUGCAAACGCAACAGUGGACUUGGUGAAUCAUUAUAAACUUGAUGGGAGUUGCGUUUGAAAGAACACGCGGAUAGGGAGUAAAAACAAUAUAAAAAAGACUUUUUUGCAGCUUGACCCAUAUCAACCAUUGUAAUUUUGGGACUGAUAUGUGCGCCAUGUUUACAAGUUUUCGUCAUGAAAACUGGGUCCGGCCUCUCCCUAGAACUAAGAAUGUCAAUGCUCUUGUGAAUUUUUGUAUAGUAUGUUUGUGUGUUGUAGAAAUGUUUCCUUUUUGUCAAUCGUGUAAUAAGCACGUGCAGAAAACCACUUUAAAAUUAUAUAGAUUUUUUUUAUUUCUUGUUCAUUUUACAUUGAAUAUAUUUAUGGCCACGAAUAAAACCUUGGCAACUUUUAGCUUAUUUUUAUUAUUUUGUUUAUGUUAUUUGUAAAUAGUUUGUGGUAAUUGUUUGCGAUGCAGAUCACUUUUCAGGGCGCUUAGUUGGAUGCAAAUUAUUCCCCGAUUGAAAAGCAAGCUGGUAAAAUAACUGUCAAAACUGUCCGCAAAGAUCCCAUAUAAUUAUGUGAAUAGCAGUUUAAAAGCGCGUUGAUGGGGAAAUUCCCGGUUUUUAUAAG